GAAGGGGAGGUAACGCGGUGGGAUUCGUCAGGCCGGGCUCAGAGGGCUGGAGGAGGUCGGUGCUGAGCCCAGGGUGCCGGGGAUGAGCUGAGCUGAGCUGAGCCCAGCGGCCGGCGGCAUGGAGGAGGUGGCAGACAGCUAUGCCUACGGGGACAACGAGACGGAGUGCGAGUACGAGGAGUGGGGCCCCUCGCUGGCCCUGCUGCCCACCAUCUACCUGCUGGUCUUCCUGUUGGGCACGGCGGGCAACGGGCUGGUCCUUUGGACCAUCUUCAAGGGUGGCCGCGAGCGGCGGCGCUCCGCCGACACCUUCAUCGCCAACCUGGCUGCCGCCGACCUCACCUUCGUGGCCACCCUGCCGCUGUGGGCCGCCUACGCCUGGCUGGGCUACCACUGGCCCUUCGGCACGGCCGCCUGCAAGGUGAGCAGCUACCUGGUCUUUGUCAACAUGUACGCCAGCGUCUUCUGCCUGACGGGGCUGAGCUUCGACCGCUACCUCGCCAUCGUGCGGCCCCUGGCCACGGCGAAACUGCGCUCGCGGGUGAGCGGGCUGGUGGCCACGGUGGCCCUGUGGGUGCUGGCGGCCCUGCUGGCUCUGCCGGCCCUGGUGCUGCGGCGGGCGGCCGCGCUGGGGGGGGACGCCAAGGUGACCUGCUAUAUGGACUACGGGGGCCUGGCCUCGCCGGGCACCGAGGGCGCCUGGGAGGUGGGGCUGGGGCUGUCCUCCACCGCCCUGGGCUUCGUGGCCCCCUUCGCCGUCAUGCUGACCUGCUACUUCUUCAUCGCCCGCACCGUGGCCAGCCACUUCCGUCGGGAGCGGGCCGAGGGGCCCCGCAAGCGCAAGCGCCUGCUGACCAUCAUCGCCGUGCUGGUGGCCGCUUUCGGGGGCUGCUGGCUGCCCUUCCACCUGGUGAAGACCCUCUACGUCCUGAUGGACCUGGAGGUGCUGCCCUGGUCCUGCGGCCUCCACGCCUUCCUCAACAACCUCCACCCCUACUGCACCGGCAUCGCCUACAUCAACAGCUGCCUCAACCCCUUCCUCUAUGCCUUCUUCGACCCUCGCUUCCGACGGGCCUGUGCCGCCCUCCUCUGCUGCCGCCCCCCCGGCCCCGGGGCUGAGCGCUCGGGCAGCUUCUCCUCGGGGCACAGCCACCCCCCCGGGGGCAAGGGGGGGCCGCCUGGGGGGGGCAAGCUGGACCCCGCCACCCAGGAGACGCUCUUCCGUGCCUGAGCCCCCCCGCUCCAACCCCAGCACCCCCCUGAGCUGGUCUCCUCGGGGAGCGGCCCCUGUGUUUUUUUUGGGGACCCCCCUCCUCUUUUCUCAGUGCCCCAGAGCCUGGCUUGCUUUGGGGAGCCCCUUCCCUGCUUGUGGGAUACGUUUGGGGGGGGGGGGGACUGAGGCACGGGCUGGUGGGUGGGUUCGGGCAGGGGCACCGCCUGUGAGAUUUGUGACAAAUAAAUGAAUUUU